AUGUGCGGCCCUCUACACGACACCAUUACAUGGGGUGGUGCCGUCGCAUUACUGCCAGAGAUACUGCGUUUCUAUUACGACUCCACGCACGUUUUCGAGAAGUUGUUCGAACCCUGUGUACGCUACAUGGAGUACAUCAAAACGAAGGAGCGGGAGGGCGGACUCAUCGAACACGGUCUAGGUGACUGGGGUCGUGACAUCGCCUUUGGCAACAACCAAGCCAACAUCGAAACAGCAAUUUAUUACCGCUGUCUCCGUAACAUCGAACGCAUGGCCCAUGAGCUCAACAAACCGGAUGCCGAAGAGCGGUUUCGGAAGUGGGCAGAUCGCAUAUACGGUGUGUACAACGACCGACUUCUCGUCACAGAUAAGAAUGAGUAUCCGUAUGCCUUCUACACAUCUCGCGAUGAUCCACAGAAACACGAUCGCAACAUGGUCGCGCAGGCCUUCGCACUUCAGUUCAACCUUGUCCCUGCCUCCCAUGUUAACGACGUUCAAACAGCCUUCCUAGCAGACUGCGCCUCUGCCGGCAACCGCAUUCAAGCCGGCGAGAUUGGCCUAAAGUACCUCUUCAACACGCUCUCCGACCUAAAUCGCCCCGAUAUCAUUUUAGAGAUGGCCCGACAGAAAGAACACCCCAGUUACAUGCGUUUUAUAUCGAGAGGUGAAACUACAUUGAACGAAUUCUGGCAGGAUAACUGUAGGAGUAAGUGCCAUGAUAUGCUGGGCACGAUAUAUGAGUGGUUCUACGAGGGUGUGUUAGGCGUCAAGGCUGAGACGGAGGCAUACAAGACGUGGAGGGUUAAGCCGCCGUUAGGAAGCGAGUUCAAGAUGGUCGAGGGGAGCGUGGAGUGUCCGUACGGGCAGAUCGAGGUCAAGUAUGAGAAGACAGAUGUAGGCCGCGUUGAGGAAGUAAAGAUGUGGGUUAAUGUGCCGACGAGUACGACGGGGUAUUUAUUGUUGUCAAAGGAGGAGAGUCGAGUUGUCAUGAAAAGACUUGGUGAAGGUGGGUACGAGGUAGAGAGGAAGGGGGCGACCAUAGCGCUGAAACCGGGCAAGUAUGAGUUGACACUGCAGGUGUGA